AUGGAUCACAUUAUUUGGAUUAUGUGGAUUCCUUUUCUAUUAUUGAGUAGACAGAAUUACGGUGAUGCUGUUCAAUUACUUCAGUCUUCUUCGCUACCUCCAUCUGCUACGAAAACUGUAGAAUAUUCUUCUACAAAUCAGACAGUUAGUGAAGGUGAACAAAUCACUUUACACUGUGUACCAGAUUCAAAUACAAACUUUUUGAUUUGGUAUUUUACACCAAUGAUUCGAGUGACAAAUACCUCAGAUGAAAACAGCAUGUCUUCCACAUUCACUUCAAUGGAUCUCCAAAGUGAUAAUUUAUCAAGAGCAAAUGAAACGACUGAUGAUGAAACUAUUGAACUUGCAGUGUGUAAACCUCAAGUUACAUGCAAAGAACAAACUCAUUUGGUCGAUAUACAAGUUUAUCCAACUGGAGUUCUAACUGUGACUAAUGCUCAGUCAAGACAUAGUGGAAAUUAUCAAUGUGCAAUUCUAGCCGGUGUUAAAACAAUAACAAUGCGUAGAUACCUUGUAGUCGAAGUUCCACCUAAGAAGCCUGUAAUCACCCUGAGUCAUAAGUAUCCCCUUAAUGGAAGUGAACAGUUAGAAAUGCAGAAAUAUCUUUUGGAAGGUGAUUACCUGAAUUUGACUUGUCAAAGUUUACAAGGCUUUCCAUCUCCUCAAUUGAUUUGGUCUUUCAAUCCAAUAAGAAAUAAUUCAGGAUUAUCUAUGACUUCAAUUAUUUCACAACAGACUUCUGUAAAUACUCCAGAAUGGAUCCACACGAAAGAAGAUAUGAAGCAAUCCUCUUAUCACACAUCAAUAAUUCCCUACGGAAUGACACUCAGUCUUAUCAGUCUACAAGUAUCCCGUUCGUAUGACGGCAUGAAGAUUAAAUGUAAGGCAGUGAACAAAGUUGGAUCUAGUAUUUCCGAUGACUAUGAAGUCAGUGUUCGCUACGCUCCUGUAAUUUUGAAUUUCUCAGAGGAUCCAUGGAUUGUGCUAUACGAAGAACAAAGCUAUACUCAGUGUAGAGCAGAAGGCAAUCCUCCACCAGCUGUAUACUGGAUGGAUCAGCAUGGAAGAAGAAUAUCAAAGACGAAUAUAUUGAAUUCAGCUGUACUAAUUGAAACGCUAUUCAAAGAAGAGGUGCACAGGUUGGCAAAGGAUAACUGGAGGACGAAUGUCUCGUGUUAUGCAAGUAGCCCGAUGGGUAGUACUCAAAGGACACUAUCAGUUGAAUUUUACUUUGCUCCAAUAGUUACAACUAACGAAGUUGUCUAUGUUCGAAUCGGUGAAUCUGUUCGUUUAUCAUGCAAAGCGAUUUCUAAUCCACCACCGACAAAUGUAUUCUGGUAUAGAAAGUCAGAUCAAAGAUCCUCAGUUAGUCUGCAGUCAAGCAAACCAUCUGAGAAAUUAUUCAAAGUUACUAACAAUUAUUCACCUCUUUAUGUAGAUAAUUAUACCCUUGAUACGGAUCGAACCCAUUGGUCAAGUCCAGUACUUCAGAUCAAUUCUGUGACUAUAGAUGAUGCUGGUGUCUAUGGAUGUGCUGCUGAAAAUGAUAUUCACAUAAGAGGUUUGGACACCUACUCUUAUCGAAGAGAAAGUGAAUCACAUUUAUUCGUCUACUACCCACCCGGUAAACCGACCAUCAGAACAAUAUCCCGGUCACAAAGCGAUGACAACUUGUAUGUAAGACUACAGUGUGUACAGAAUACAAGGUCACCUGGACUUCCUGCUCCAUCUGUCAAAUGGAUGUGGAUUCCACAGUCUUGUAAAACAAUGAAAUCAUCCUCGUCAAAUUCAUUGUCUCCACUUCCAAUCAAACCAAAGACUAUAGAAUAUGAAGAUCAAAUCCUGAUUAAUUUAACUGAUCUACACAUCGACGGCUUGUAUUAUUGUGAAAUGAAGAAUGAAGUUGGAAAUGCAAUUAGUGAACCAACAAAUAUUACUGUACAUGAAUCGCCUCAAAUUGUGGAAGGACCAAACCUUGAACAUAUUAUGAACCCAUCAUUUAACUUUAAUUCAUCUCCUCGUCUUCGGUGUGUUGCUCAUGGUAAACCGGCACCUCAUAUUACUUGGCUGCAUAAUAAUGCUGUGAUAAGCACAAGUCGUGUGCCGAGUUCGAAUGACCAUCUCUGUUCAUGGAAGAAAGUACAGACAAAUGUAAGGUGUAUUGGAUUAGAAACAGGUUCUUAUACUUGGGAGACAACUAGUGAAUUAAUAUGGGAGCCUAUCCUUCCAUCUUCUUAUUCUCACACCGGUGAAGUAAACGCAAGAGACUCUAAUGAAACCAAACGAUUUCAGUCUACAUGUCAGUCAUUCGAGAUAGCAAAUGAAGGGAUUUACACGUGUCAAGCAACAAAUGAUUACGGUGUCGAAUACUCUAAUUCUGUUCAGAUGGUUCUAAAAUAUCCUCCGGUGCUCAUACAUCAGACUAUAUCUAAGCAUGCGCUUAGAGACACUGAUAGUAAACAGAAAUCAAGUCCCAUAAUCGUUCAAAAGGCGACAUUUCAUCAAGACAAUGAGAACAAAGUAGACAUGCUGACAUGUGCAUUCAAAGCGAAUCCUGAACCAAAUCAAAUAUCCUGGUACUAUAUCCCAUCACAUAGAGUUUCUGUUUUAUUAAGACGUGCUGAGAAAAAUCCCCUCAUGACGCAGUCAUGUGACGCCAAAUAUGACAAACAAAUCAAGCCAAUAGCAUUCUAUCAAAGCGACUACAGUGAAAUCAAUAAAAGCCCAAAGGAGAAUUUUAAAAUUGAUCUGAAAUCAGGAAAAGAAGCUGAAAUGGCAUUAAAAGACUAUGCUGACGUAAAUUUCACUUACAGUGAUACACUCUAUCUGACUAGUUUAAUUAUUACUGGAAGUAAUAUGACCAACCUUGGAGCAUAUAUCGCUAACAUUGAAAAUGCAGAGGGAUGUCGACAGUGUACUGUGAUUUUACAAAAGCCUAGUAAACCAGAGUCACCAACAGAUAUUAGGAUCGAAGAAGUCACAUGGGAUCAAGUUACGCUUACAUGGGUAGUCGGUUUUAACGGUGGUUAUGAUCAAACCAUAAUUUUAGAAUUUACAGAAAUUCAAACACUCAGUAAACAGGAUUCAAUGCAAUUGGAUAACCAGAGAAAAGUAAGAAUCACUGGUAUCCCAAAACUUCAAAUACAACAGAGGUGUCAAAUCUCAGGUUUAACUCCAAAUACAAAAUAUAAAUUUGUAGUAUACGCAGAAAGCAUAUUGGGUCAGGGAACGAAAUCGAAAGAAUUCACAAUUAUUACAAAAGCUAUAAACUUUCCAAAACUGAUAACAAGCAAUCAUGAAACCAAUCUAAUCAAUUUACAAUUUUCUAGUCCAAAUGAUUCACAGUCAUUUUGUAUGAAAACAGAAUAUUCACUACUCAACCGAAUCAACUGGUCCACCUUAAUAGAUACUUGUCAGGUGAACGACAGAACUGUACUGCCAUUGAAAAUCAAUAGAAAUAUCCUAAGUGAUCUCAGGGUGUCUGUAGAAAAUAUUCCGUUGUCCGGUGGUAAAGGACGUCUUGUAAGAGAGCUACAAACACACAGUAUUUAUCGAACACAAAAGUCCUUAUCUACUUACAAAAGCAACAACAACAAGCAUGAAAAUGUUUUAAAGCAUGAAAAUUCACAGGCGAAUUCAGACGAUCCAAACUCCUCGGAUAUCUCAAAGAAAUUCAAGUCUCCUCGUAGAGAAGCACUGAUUUUGCAUAACUUUACAAACUAUGAAAAUAGCCUGAAUAAGACAAUUCUUGGUAGUAUGGAUAACUCACAUCAGAGUGUGGCAUUACAAAUGGAUCAAAACUUUGCUUAUCGUGUUUGGACAUGUUUGAAAAAUCAAACUUUUAUUUGUUAUCAAGCGAAAUCAUUUCCAGAAGUUUCAGAGAUAAAUCCCAUUAACAACAAAUUUAGAAGUAAAUUAGGUUGGAUUGUUGUCGCAAUACUCAUUGUGUUAUUUCUAUGCUGUGGAAUCUUGACACUCAUUCAUGUCUACCGUCGCCGAUCAGCCAACAGAGUAAUUGUGCCAACACUUCAUGAUAAAGAUAAAUCUUCAAUAAGGAAGUGUACUACAUCGCCUGAAAAGGCAGCAGAAAAUGGACAUAUGUUGCCCCUAAAUUCCAGUUUUUCGAGACAAAUGACGGGAACACCAACCAACUUUAAAGUUUCCACGUCUAGUUUAGCAAUUUCACAAUCCACUUUUUCAACUCCAACAAAAGUCAUUACCUUCAACUGUGAUACUGCAAAUACUCAAAUACCCUUGGUGACAUUCACUUCAGAAAUGCCAAAUUCACUAUUGAAAGCCUCCAAUAUUGAAAUAUCUCCUGCAAUUAUUGAAUAUAGACCACAACCGAUUGAUAUGUGUCCACAUUCCACAAAUAGUUACACCUUACCCUCAAAUUGUUCUUUUAUACCAAUUAGUUCACAGGAUAGAUUAUGCACAAAUGAAAAUCUUUCAACCAUUCCAGCUGAUUGUGUUGUAAAUUCAUCGUCAAUUUUAAUUAUUCCAGCGAACACAUUUCCUUCAGUUACAUUUCAAUGUUCAACAUGAUGAUGAUUUUGUUUGAUUUGUUUAGGCAUUUCAUAAUUCCCGCUCUUUUUUCAAAACGAAAAUGGUCAACAAAUUCAAUUUUUCAGAAAAAGCCCGUUAUUAUUAUUAUUCACUUGUUAGUUGUAUAGGAAACAAUAGAAAUCUGAAUAAAA